AUGGCACAGAAAUGCGUUCACAAAGGAUGUGGAAAGGUCUUUAAUGAUCCUGAAGAAGAGUGCAUCUACCAUCCGGGACCGCCUGAAUUCCAUGAAGGACAAAAAGGCUGGAAAUGCUGCAAGCCUCGUGUCCUAACCUUUGAUGAGUUCUUGGCUAUCCCUCCCUGUACGACAGGCAGACACUCUACCGUCGAUGACACCCCAGCACCACCUCCAAAGCCAGCGCCUGAAGACGUCCCCAACAGCUCGGCAGCACCAGUGUACGCCCCACUACCCGUCACGAAACCUCUCGCGAGCAGCUUAUCAGCCGCUCAACAGCCUACACCGUCAAGUACGCCUAAGCCGGAACCACCACCAGACGAAUCCGACGAUCCUGAUGCAGAAAUCCCAAAUGGUUCCAGCUGCAAGAGGAGAGGAUGUGGGAAGUCACAAGAUGCAAAAAUCUCCAGAGAUAACGAGGAAUGCAUAUACCACCCAGGAAUACCUAUUUUCCACGAAGGCAGCAAAGGAUGGACAUGCUGCAAGAGGCGGGUUUUGGAGUUUGAUGAAUUCAUGAAGAUCGAAGGCUGCAAGAAACGCAAGAGGCACUGCUACAUCGGCAAGAAGAAGCCCAUCGGGGAGGGCGCCGACACUGGCUCGAAGGCGGAAGAGAAACUAGAAACUGUGCGCAACGAUUUCUACCAGACGCCCACAACUGUGAUCGUCAGUUUCUACCUCAAGAAGAUCGACAAGGGGCAAACCAAGAUCGAGUUCUCACACGACGGAGCAACUAUAGCUCUCGACCUGCCCACGAGCGAUGGGAAGAGGUUCACCAGCACGCUGCCACUCUUUGCGCCGAUCGACCCAGAGAAGAGCUCUUUCAAAAUCAUGGGCACCAAGCUAGAGAUGACGUUGGUUAAGAAGGACGGCGCCAGCUGGUCGACGCUGAGAAACGAUGAGCAGCCAACCGGUAGUAGAAUUCAACUCGGCCAAGCCGGUCGUGCCUCGUAG